AUGUCUCCAGAUCCAAUUGUUCGUCACGCUAGACGCGAGGAUGUUCCCGCCAUCCUCGAGCUGAUCCGUGAACUCGCCGACUAUGAACACGAGCUCAGCAGCGUCGAAGCCACCGAGGAAAAACUACUAUGUACCAUCGCCUUUGCCCCCUCCUCGUCCACAUCUACCGUUCCUGCUGCCGACGAAACCGAGCCGACAUCCUCAAACAAGCCAGCCCGCUGCCUGAUCCUCCUGAGCCCCCAAGGCAUCCCCGCUGGUAUCGCGCUGUAUUUCUACAACUAUAGCACCUGGCGCGCCCGCCCCGGCAUCUACCUCGAAGAUCUCUACGUCAAGCAGAGCGAGCGCAAAAAGGGGUACGGCAAGAGACUGCUAGUCGAGUUGGCCAAGGAAGUCGUGGCCUUAAAGGGAGGGCGGCUUGAGUGGAGUGUGCUCAAGUGGAAUGAACCCUCCAUCAAGUUCUACGAAAGCAUUGGCGCCAAUAUGAUGAGCGAGGGUUGA